AUGCGUUACAUCACCUCUUUCUUGCUGGCCGCCCCCGGGGGCAACUCCUCUCCUAGCGCCAAAGACAUCAAGAAGAGCCUAGACAGUGUGGGCAUCGAGGCAGACGAUGACCAGCUCAACAGGGUCAUCAGUGAGCUGAAUGGAGAAAACAUUGAGGAUGUGAUUGCUCAGGGUGUUGGCAAGCUUGCCAGUGUGCCUGCUGGUGGGGCUGUGGCUCUUUCUGCUGCCCCUGGCUCUGCAGCUCCUGCUGCUGGUUCUGCCCCUGCAGCAGCAGAGGAGAAGAAAGAAGGAGGAGUCUGA